CAACAACAACAACAGCCCCAAUACCAACAGCAGCAACAACAACAACCACAACAGCAAAACAUGAGCGCAUCCUUCUUGAACGCCAGUCAAAAUCAACAGAGAUCCAGUCUAUGGGAGCCCGGUAGAGACUCGCCCAACCAGAAACCUAUUGACCAACAGAUGGGCGCUCUCUACGAGAAGUGGAAUCCGACAACAACCCAGACCGUGUUCAAGACCUACUUUUACAACAAAGUCGACCAGUCCCAUGUCCCCUUCUACGCUCCGGGCCCCGCAGAAGAUCCACGGGAAUGGGAGGAGGCUGUUCGCAACAAACCUGGCUCAGCCUUCAUACCUGCGUAUGCCACCGGUUUUAAGGGGAUUGGCGAGCGACUUCUUAUGCAAAAGGCCGUCCUUGCUCAGUUCAACGCCCGCCUACACGAAAUCAACAGCAAUCUCGAUGCCAUCUUGUCGAGACAUGACCUAGAGACUAGUGUCCGCGCCGUCAACGCUCGAAGGAAACACGUCGUCCUUCGUCAACGGUGUCUGGCGCUGGCGAGCAAGGUCCAAGUUCUUCGAAACCGGGGAUAUGCCCUCGACACUGACGAGGAUGAGCUCAAGUCUAAGCUGGAGCAACUGGACCGGGGAAUGGCUGAUCCCGCACUGAGUGCCAGGACGGAAGAGCUUUGGAGCCGGCUGAUUUUAUUGAGAGGACAUUCCGAUACCCUCAGAAACGAGUUGAAUGCUAGAGGAGGUGACACUGGAGAGGGUAUUCCUGAGGAGGCUGAACAGAAGGCCAAGAAGCUACUUGAAUACUAUGACAAGCAACUACAGGAACUCAAGAAGACCGUGGACAGGGUCAAGGAUGACUACGAGGAGUGGGAGAAGGAGCGGAAUCCCGACCCCAAAGGCAGCAAGAGCUGAACCCAAUAGCUCAACAGGUUCGCGGCUUUGAGAUACACCAAUGCAGAAUCCCCAUGUGUCGUUUUGUAGAACAUUUGCCUACGGCCACAACCACAGUAUUCGAAACAUAGUCAGACUCGCGGUGCUGAUGAGAAAGCUAUUCUACAAGCACGGGCAGAUGACAAGGUGCUUGGCGAACAUGCCGUCGCCGCUGCACAGCAAUCCCAGGUGCAUGAUGCUUGGACUUGUGGGAGAGCUGUCUACGGCCGAGUUUGAAGGCGGCCAGUGUUUGAACAGUGACUAUAGCCUACUGCCUUUCCAAACCUUCCGUUGAUAGUGGCGGCGCAAGGCACCAGACUAGUCGUUUGAUCAAUGCAAUGCU